CGUCUGUCAUCUCCCACAAAGAUCGUGUGUGGUGGCAGGCGCUGAGGUUCAUGGCGUUGUUUUCCAAUGUUGCCUGCGGCACACUACACCACACCACACCACACCACACACCACAACACAAACACAAUCAACAACAUCCUCACAAGCAACGAACGACACGGUCGAUUGAUCGACUGUCAAGCUGUAUCGAACGCUAGAUCUAGCGACCCAUACCGUUAUACAUCUCAAUAAUACAAAAGAGCAUUCACCAUGGGGAAGAAAAAGGGAGGAGGAAUGGUCCGGAUCAAACAAACCGGGCCGACCAAGGCCCAAAAGGACAUGAUGAAGCAGAUGGCCAGCGGCAAUCCGAUGGAGGAAUUCAUGACCCCACCGGAAGACAUGGUUCAUUACAUUCCUCCAGAUCGAAACGCCCAAAUGUUUUGGCCGAUUCGUAAGUCAUCCGCAAUCGAGCGGCUAACCUGCACCGUGUUUUCCAUGUUUGUUGUUGUUGUUUGCCAAAAUCUGAUUGUUGGCAACGGCGAGCACCCCGAUUGGUGGAAAGAUGGCAACGGAGGUACAAAUGUGAUUCUGUCCGUGCGAAAGCAAUGAGGAUUGUUGAUUAACCAGACUCUUACGAUCUGUUAGCAGCGAUGUUAAUAAGACCUGCGGAGAAAACUAUCACAAAUUCCUUUGGGUCGCCAAAGGUUUCAGUCUGAGCUUUCGACGAUGCGCAGCAUUCAUUUGUACCUUGCAGGUUUCAUGCGCUUGUAUCUAUCUACUGGCUAUCUAGAUCAAUGUGGAGUGCACGAAAUGAAGCCAAAAGAACAAUCGAUCGAUCUGAAAUGGAAAAUUGUGUUGACGAAAGGAACCGAAUCCAUCCGAACCGAAUCGAGCAGUGAUGAUUUUUUACCAGCUACACUGAAAGGGGCUUAGUCUCUCCGCACACCCCGUGUAACGAUAACGAUUUCUUGCAUCCUACGGGAUCGCGGAACAUGAGCUUUGUAUUUUUCGGAUUUCUUCCGGUUCUACCGUAUCUACGCAAUUUCCAUUUCAAUCGAUGAAUCGAUCGAUCGAACGGAGCAGUGAUGAUUUUUACCAGCUACACUGAAAGGGGCUUAGUCUCUCCGCACACCCCGUGUAACGAAAAUUAUUUCUUGCAUCCUACGGGAUCGCAGAACAUGAGCUCCGUUCUACGACUCCAUUUCAAUUGUUCUCAUUGUUGCUAUCAUAUGCCGAAUUACUGGUAGUGGAAUAACUCGAAACACCGAUCGCGCUUUCUCUUUCUCACAUUCAUGCUGUACCUUUCUUACUUUCUUGGACGAAUUCUUUCGUUCGUUUUGCAGAGGAGAUCUUUUCCAUGGACCCUAGCAACUUUUUCAUUAUCUACCCCAGCUACCUCGAUUCCUCCAAGACGGUGAAGAUGGGACGGCGCAUCGCAGCCGAAAAUGCCGUUGACACCCCCACGGUGCAGGACAUCAGCGAGGCCCUGGCCUCGUUGAGCAUACGACACGUCUCCCAGCCCAACAAGGGGUACAGCCGUGAUGCUACCACCCUCUGGGACAACCCCGGCCGCGUGAAGGUCGAUCCAGCAGCCCUCGAGUCGGGGUACACGAAGCGAUCGCUCAUGGUGGAACUCGCCUCGAUCAUUAAAGAAUUGCCGUCCCGGGCCCGCCGGCUGGAGGUCAUGAAAAAACUGGAAGAAGCGAGGGAAGCGAAGCGCCUGGAGGCCAAGGCGAAAAAGGAGCAGGCGGCCAAGCAGCAGCACAAGCUCAAGUCCCAGACCUCUUCGCGGUCCAGCAACAAGAAGAAGGGAAAGAAACGACGAUAGCUACGGGGGCAACACCGCAUCCAUCCCGGGAACACGGGCAAGGCAUUUUUGUCAGCCGGGCUGUAUUAAUAAAUAUAACAAUAUCUU